AAUUUCGACUCAACGUCAUCUCGUUCCUCACAAUUCAGGCAAUGGAAGAGCAAGCAGCUUCUGGGAUACGCUUUCAAACGGUUUGACUCUACAAGUUUAAUAUCGUGCGGUCAACAGUGUCUGAGAAACCAACGUUGCUCUUCAACAAACUUCAAGUGGUCCUCCUCUAAGAAGGACGGCGAAGGAACUUGUGAGCUGAACGACCACAAGUUUUCCUUUAUUGAGGAAAAUGUUAACUUUGUCCAUCAGGAAUAUGUAACUUUUUCCAUGAAGGUAAUUCAACUUUUAGUUUGCGUAAAGGUUAAGGAGAACGUUGAUCAGUAUUGUCUAAUAUUUUAAUUAAAAAAAUUCCCCUUGUUAUAUUCUUCAGAUCAUCGAGAACUUGGACAACUAAAAUGUUGCAGGUGUAAACUUCUCCAAUUUUCCCGUAAGACACCUUGCAAUUGUGUAUAUAAUCCGACUUAUAUACCAUAUUCUAUAUUGUACAUUACUUUUCACGAGAGGCCAAACCAUCAUUUUUAGCAGAUAAUUGAGGGGUUUGCCAAUUUAGGACUUCCAUAGCAAGCAGCUGAUUGAUGUUUACACUCAGAAAGUUCGGAUCUCUUUAAGAGGCUGUCUCUCUUAUUUCCACCCGGUCAAUUUUGUGCCAAAAAUAAUUUUGCCUGAAACUCUGUCAACAGAAAGACUUUACCUAGACUUUACCUAGGAAUUAGAUUUGGUUUGAUUCGAAAUCAUUUUCUGACUGCAUUAGGGGCCAUAAUUAUUUCACAAUCCGUAGGGACCGUCGCAACGUCUCGAAAAUUGAAAAGUAGGCAUUUUGUAACAUUGUAAAAUAUUUGAUUGGCAUAGUUAAGCCCCAGAAUUUAUAUCAGAUUGCUUAAAAACCUUUCAAGUUUGCCAAGAAAGUUAGAAUUCGCCCUCUCAAUAUUUUUGAAAAGGCGAAUUUUAGCAUAUUCUGACCACUAGAAAUCUCCAUCGGCCGAUGGCCGUAAAUAACCUUGAUUUAGACGUUAAGUUUUGGGAUUUGGGACCUGGUUGACGACUCUAUUCUACACAGCCGUUAAGUUUAGACCUUUAUAGUCAAAAAUAUACAAAACCCCUGUACGUUUUUGUUUUUUCAAAAGUUAUGACCGUUUGAAUCAGCACAUGUACGAGCAUUCGCGUUUUUUUCACCUACACCAAAAUCGAACCACUAGAGCAGAUUUCGUCAUAAAUACAGUUUACCUUCGUUGCAUCUUGGGUUUAUGUGAAAUUUUAGUUAUUCCUCGCUCCCCAAACUGGUGAACUUUAUGAUAACUCCAGCAAAUAACUCCAAACUUCAGCGGUCGGCAUCUAUCGAUACUCUUCUUUGACUCGUUGUUGCGAACUAAACUCGAAAACUAAAGCCAUGUUUCGCGCUUAACGUCCCGUUGGAACUUUGGAUUGCAGCUGCAUUUUCUUCAAGAAUCAGUCAUAGCACUCCACUUGUAAGUCUAUGUGUCGAAGUUUGGAGGCUAAAAUUGGAAUUUAAAGCUGAACGAUUGCACUGUCGUGCAUAACAGAGGUCCGUAUUAACCAUUGCGGGUGAACCCGCUAUCCCUCAUAUAAAAAGUCAACUGUAACUGGUUUUUGGCAGUUUCGGAGAAAGGUUUUUGUAUAGCCAUUAAAUUGUAACACGUAACACCCUUGGCCCCAGUUGUUCAAGGGGCAGAUAACGCUAUCCACCAGAUAUAUCGCUAUUCAGCGGAUAAGUGCCAACAAAACGUACUGCGCUAUCCAACGGAUAGAGAUUUAUUGAACGGAUAGCUUUAUCCACCAUUUGAACAACCAGAGGCUAUAAGAUAUUUUUAAGUCAUUUAGCUAGUUCCCAGUCGCUCACGACACCGCAGCCGUUGACGGGUAACUUCCAAUUUAUACAAAAUUAACCAAUCACAUCAUUGGAAACGAACAACUAUCCUACGUAAAUUCAACUGUGCCAGUCUUUGUUUAGAUACCAAAAAAAGCACAGACGAUCAGGAAUUUUUGUAGAACUCGUACCUCGUCUCCUGUAAUCUGAUUGGUCGGUUUUUUUCUAGCGGCACUUAUAGUAAAUCUUUUUUCUUUUUGUCACAAAUAUCUACGUGUGAUUUCGGUGUUUUUGUUUUAAUUGUGAUUGAUUUCCAUCUUUUACCGGUCCGGAAGGAUUGCCCACUUGAUUGGAUUGUUUUUGGACGCUCGUGUUAUCUCCUUUUCUACAACACUACCCCGAAUUGUAGCGAUGCACAGAGUAUCUGUCAAACUCAUGGGGCACACCUACCCAUUCUUCAUAUCUACAGGAGAUUUGUUCAGUUGUCUAAGAUUAAAUAUACCCUAGUUUAAAGCUGAGUGUUGUGUGAAUAUGGACUAUACUGCAUUACUCAAAUUCAACUUGCUAUAAACUCACAUUACUAUGGUGAGAAACAUGUUAACACCGUCUAUUGUACCAGGUUGUAACAAAUAUUUUAACCUGAGUGUUCAAACGGCUGAAAGUAGGUAGUAAAAAAUGUAGCUUUUUCUGUUUGCAGCCAGUUUUCAAUAUUUGACCUGCGUAACGUCAUUAAUGGCCUGUGCGUGAUUUUUGAUUUCGAAAAUUAUCCAUUGAUGGGAUCAUUUGACCCAUCGGUGGAAAUAACAUUUUCCCUCCACUUCUUUUAAUCAUAAUUAUGGCAAAAUUAUUUGUUAUCUAAAUUAGCAUAUCAUUCGAAGAUAGUUUUUUUAGAUCAUUAGCUGUCACGUACCGCCCUUUGAUGUUCAUUGUUGUGAUAAUAUUUUGGAAAUGACAUGAUCUUAUUUUUUGUCAACUUCUACUGACCAAUAGGAUUGCCCGCAGGGUUGGUUUCGUCAUGAGAAUUCAUGCUACCUUAUUCAUAACACUCCUACUCCAAGAUGGAACGAUGCACUCACGUUUUGUCAAAAUCACCAGGCACAUCCGCCGAUAAUCAAAUCUGCCGAUGAGAACGACUUCAUAUUUCGCCUUGUAAUGAGCCAACCAAACGGGAGAGAUCGUAGUGCAUGGAUUGGACUGAGCAGAAAAAUGGACGAUAAGUUUUAUUGGAUGGACGAUACUCCAUUAGCGGGCCGGUUCUCAGCAUGGGCACAGGGAGAACCAAACUACCUUCACGAAAAAUGUGUUUUUAUACUCGUGAAAAAAGAUCGACAAAAAAAUUGGCUCGACUCUACCUGUACUUAUAACGGUACGCUUUGGAUUUCAGCCCCAGUGGUUCUAUGCCAAAAAAGAAUUUAUGACUGUUGGAUUCCUCAGUAGUUCACCUCAGUUUAUCUAAUGUUCACGUGAUGUUCCCGAGGUUUUAGUUUGUACGCUGCUAUGAGUUAUGCUGUCAUCGUUUCAAAAUUGUCUCUCUAUGAUUAAAGGUUUCUAAGUUUUUAUUCAAUUAUUAAUCAACCCUGUUCGUCGUUUGUCCACAUUCGAAAGAGACAUCAUAGUUUAACAUAUUCUGUGUUCAGUGGAAACCUGCUUACAUUUAGUUCGAUUUAAAAGUUCAAUUGCAUGAACGGCAUAUCACAUAAUUGACAACACCCUUACAUCAGGUUAAAAGUUUUUAAUUGCAUUGUCCUUUGCUUUCGAGUUUCUCGUUUAUUGGGUGCAUUUUGUUAACAGUCAAAUAUCUGUGUUUUUUUAUGAAGAUCUAGCGUUACUUAAAACAAAAUAAACUCAGAUAUAAAAUGCCUUAUUUCAAACUCAAAAUCUCCUCUUAUUUCUUACUUUAAAGCGUGUCUCGUCGUAUCUUUGUAUUCAUUUUUCUUCAACUGUUUUGUCAGUAGCAAAUCUCAAUUGAGUGAGAUUUAGAAGAGUAUUUUCGAGGGUUAAAAUGAAACCUUUUAAGGACAAAUGCCAUUGUUUAAUCACACUAAGUGGCACUUCUGUAAGUUUUUGUUUCUCCAGACUGUGCAUGGAUGCCCACCGUCUGCAUCACUUAUCAUGCCACUGUGGAAGAAGAACUAAUGGAAAACUUAAGUUUAUGGCACCUGCAUAUUCACAAGACUCGCCAGCCAGCUGCAUAAGCUCUACUCGUUCGUUUCUUAACUGUCUAUCUCUUUCUGCUCGUUUCCUUGUUUUAAAACCAAAGCAAUCGUAAGUUGAACUUAACGUAACAAAGAACAAGUUUACUACGCAGAGACCAAACAUUUUGUGAUUUUAGUGUUCUUUGUCCAUGAGCAGUGCAGUAAUUUGAUGGCAGCUUUUCAACGCCUGCACCCUCGUGUUUGACAUAUUUGGUUGUGUUUUAUUGAAAGUCAAUUAUCAUUUUUUCAAAUGCUAAUAUUUCAGCAAAUAAACUGAAAAUUUAGGCUCAGACACCUCUAAUAAAGCAUUCAAUCUGUCACGUAUAGUGAAGAAAAAAGACUCACUUUCUCUCCCCUUAACCUAAAGUCUCCAUCAACACAGAUAACGUUCUUUGGUUGCAGAUGGCUCGGUGGAAAACCAUACUUUUAUUAUUGUUAAUUCAAACUCCAUCAGUCUCCGUUACCGACGAUAAUUUCGACUCAACGCCAUCUCGUUCCUCAGAAUUCAGACAACGGGAGAAUAAGCAGCUUCUGGGAUACGCUUUUAAACGGUUUGACUCUACAAGUUUAAUAUCGUGCGGUCAGCAGUGUCUGAGAAACCAACGUUACUCUUCAACAAACUUCAAGUUGUCCUCCUCUAAGAACGACGGCGAAGGAACUUGUGAGCUGAACGACCACGAUUUUUCCUUUGCUGAGGAAAAUGUUAACUUUGUCCAUCAGGAAGAUGUAACGUUUUCCAUGAAGGUAAUUCAACUUUUAGUUUUCGUAAAGGUUAAGGCCAACGUUGAUUAGUAUUGUCUAACAUUUUAAUUAAAAAAAUUCGCCUUGUUAUAUUCUUCAGAUCCUCGAGAACUUGGACAACUAAAAUUUUGCAGGUGUAAACUUUUCCAAUUUUCCUGUGAGACACUUUGCAAUUGGCGUUUGUUUAUAUAAUCCGAUGUAUGUUAUAUAUUCUAUAUUGUACAUUAUUGUUCACGUCAGGCCAAAGUCUCAUUUUUACCAGGUAAUUAAGGGGGUUUGCUAAUUUGGGACUUCCAUAGCGAGCAGCCGAUUGAUGUUUACACUCAGAAAGUUCGGAUCUCUUUAAGUAACCAGAUCACGUUUUCCUGUGUUUAUGCUAAUUUACAUGAAAUUUGAAACAAAAGUCCUUUUUAGGCUUUACUUAAGUUCUGAAAACGAUUCUGAUGUUCACAUAUAAUAAUUCAUGCGAGCCGAUUUGUUUUUGAAAGACAGUGCAUGGAUGCCCACGAUCUGAAUCACCUAUUAUUCCGCUGUGGAAGAAAAACUAAUGGAAAACUCAAGUUUAUGGCACCUGAAAAAAUUCUGAUGUUUGCAAGUCAGUUUCGGCCUUCGGAUAAUUAAUGUGAGCCAGUUUGCUUCUGAAACUUACUAAUAUUGGUAAUAUAUUACUACAAAACUGUUUUCCUGAAGCUGAUUUAUCAAAAGUAGAUUUGUAACACGUAACGCCCUGGACCCCAGUUGUUCAAGGGACGGAUAGCGCUAUCCACCAGAUAUAUCGCUAUUCAGCGGAUAAGUGCCAACGAAACGUACUGCGCUAUACAACGGAUAGAGAUUUAUUGAGCGGAUAGCUUUAUCCACCAUUUGAACAACCAAUGGCUAAAGGAUAUUUUUAAGUCAUUUGGCUGGUUCCUAGUGGCUCACGACAUCGCAGCCGUUGGCAGGUAACUUCGAAUUUAUACAGAAUUAACCAAUCACAUCAUUGGAAACGAACAACUAUCCCACAUAAAUUCAACUGUGCCAGUCAUUGUUUAGAGGCCAAAAAAAGCACAGACGAUCAGGAAUUUUUGUAAAGCUUGUAGCUCGUUUCCUGUAAUCCGAUUGGCGAUUUUUUUGUAGUCGCACUUAUAAUAAAUCUUUUUUCUUUAUCGUCACAAAUAUCUACGUGUGAUUUCGGUGUUUUUGUUUUAAUUGUGAUUGAUUUCCAUCUUUUACCGGUCCGAAAGGAUUGCCCACUUGAUUGGAUUGUUUUUGGACGCUCGUGUUAUCUACUUUUCUACACCCCUACCCCGAAUUGGAGUGAUGUACAGAGUAACUGUCAAACGCAUGGGGUACACCUACCCAUUCUUCACCUCAGUUUAUCUAAU